AGCCAUCAGUUUAUGGCAGUCUCUUCUAGAGAUAAGUUCGCGAUCGAAUGCUUUUCCUGUUAAAUCUGGUAUUAAAUUUGACUGAUUGACCUAAUUGGAGCAUUAAAUAUAUAAUAAAAUAUUUAUCUUUCCUUCUUUAAAUGUGCAUACAAAAUUGUGUGAAGUAACAGAUAUUCGGACGAAAUUUAACAUGACAUUCUUAAAACUAUUAUUAAAUAGUAGUAUAAUAUACAUAACCAUAAUAGCAAUAGCGACUCCUAUCGCUAAUGAAGAAUCAAAAAUCAAAGGAAUAGAAACCGAUGAAGAAUCGAAAAUCGCAAUGCCCAGUGUAUUAAACAACAAAUCAAGCAAUAUAUCAGAUUAUAUGUUUCCAAUACAUUAUAAUAUAAAGAUAAUGUUAGGCACUGAUUAUCUUCAUAGCGUAUGCAUAAUCACUUUAAAUAUUUCUUAUGCAAAACGAUACAUAAGAUUUUAUGUACCGGAUGCAACAUUUAUAGUGUUCUCAAAUCUUACAUUAAAUCAAAAUAAUGAUACGGUUUAUGAAGCAAAUCACACAAAUAUUAUUAAAAACAAUAUUGUCGUGCUCGAUUUCGGUGAUGUCUCGUUUCAUGGAAUAUACGAUUUGUAUAUAGAGUACAUAAUCUCAAUUAAUAUCGUAAGGGAAUCUUUCGGAACUCCAUACAUAAACGAAAAUGAAGAAAUAGAGUGGUUAAUCGCAACAGGAGUCCAGCGAAGAAACAAGUAUCAAACGAAAAAACAGCAAAUGUUUCCAUAUUGGGACAAGCCAAAAUUAAGAAUUACUUUUAUUAUUUCCAUAAUACAUUAUCCAAAAUACGAAGUUUGGUCAAAUAUGCCGAUACGAGAUAUUAAAUUGACGGACGAUAAUUUGAUAUGGACAUUUUUUAACGCUACUCCUUUAAUCUCCAUAGAUAGAGUAGCAUUUCUGGUAUCCCGUUUUCAUCACAUCAUCCUCUCGGAUAAUGAAACAAUUCGUUCGUCCAUAUCGUACAGACCACAAUCGGAACCGCAUUUAGAAUUUGCGAAAACUGUUAUUUCUUCCACCAAUGUAUACAUGCAUAGAUGGAAUAUUUGGAGGAGAGAACUUGCGUCGCUAACUUCUGUUUCAUUUGAGAACAAAAUCGAUCAUGUCGUAAUUCCGGAUUUACAAAAUGAAAUCGAACAGUCUUUUGGUUUUAUUUUUUAUCGAGAAGCAGAUAUCACUUAUAAUGAAGAAUUAGAUCCUGUCGCAUACAAAACGAGAAUUGCGCGCUUAAUUGCACGUGGGAUUAGACGAAAAUACAUUAGAAAUCUGUUCAGACCAACUAACUUAUGGCCUCAUACAUGGUUAAACAAAGGAUUUAAUAUGUUUUAUUCAGAAUACAUUAUCGACAAGGCUCUGCCAAAUUCCCGAAUGAUGGAUCUGUUUGUAGUUCAAAUUCAACAUGAAUUAUUCUAUCUAAAUACAUAUGUUAUUAUAAAUUCUACUAUAAAAUAUAAUAGUUAUCCUGAAAAUUAUUUACAGUCUUCUCUUUCUCAAAUUAAAGGAUCUAUUAUAUGGCGCAUGUUAAAACGAAUAUUACCACUUUGUAUAUUUUCAAAGGGAUUGGCGAAAUAUUUUAAUAAUCAACUUAGUAAGCCUGAAGCAAAAACUGCCGAUCAUUUAUGGAACGCAAUGAGAUCCGAGAUGUUUGAAUUGAAUUAUAUGUAUGAUUUUAAAAUAAAAGAUGCGAUAAAUUCGUGGAUUAUGCAGAAAUAUCCUUCCGUAUUGAAGGUGACGCGAAAUUAUUCUACUAAUGUUGUAAGCGUAUCGGUAGAAUUUCGCAACAAGUUAGAUGAGGAAGAAUAUUAUAUUCCUGUUAGCUAUACUACGGAGUCGAAUCCCAAUUUUACCAUAACUUGGACGGAUAUUUCGGUAACACCAUGGAUAUCAGAAACUGACAGUAAUAAGAAUACUAAUAAUUCUCAUAAUAACUUUAUUUGGCUACAUUAUUUUACAAAAACUGAAUUCUCUCUUGAGAAAAAUCAAUGGAUUAUUUUCAAUUUACAACAAGCUGGAUACUAUCGUGUCAAUUAUGAUAUUAUGAACUGGGAAAAAAUUGCACAAUACUUAAAUUCUGAAAAAUAUAGUAAUAUACAUGUUCUCAAUCGAGCGCAAAUCAUCAAUGAUGCGUUUCAUUUUGCGAUAGAGAAAAAACUUGAAUUCUCCAUAUUUUGGGAACUCGUUUCUUAUUUGGCACAAGAAACAGAUUAUAUAGCAUGGUAUCCUAUGUUGAAAGCAUUUGAAAUUAUGUCGAAUAUCUUCCCAUUCUUGGAUUUUUAUCCUGAAUUUAAGGGCGUGCUAAAGUUUGAUUUUAUGCAGAAUAUUACAUCUAAAUACGAGAAUUUAGAUGACGAAAAUAACGUCAACGAUUAUACUAAAUGUUUGAAACAAGAACUUGCAAAGUGGGAAUGUAUUAUAAAUGAAAAGCCUUGCGAAGAAAAAUCUAAGAGUCAUUUGAAAUGGCAUCUAGCAAAUCCUGAAGAAAACAAACUUUUGCCUGGCUGGAAGAGGUGGACAUAUUGUAAUGGUUUGAAAACGGCAGAUCAUUAUACAUGGAAUAAAGUUUUUACUAAUUGCAUGGAAGCAAAUGAUACAAUGUUAGAAUGUCUGGCUUACAGUAAAAAUUUUGAAAUUAUAAUCAAUUAUUUAGAAAUAAAAAUAUCAGAAAUUUUAUUUAAACCUUCGUAUAAUGUAUCUUAUCUUCCAUUUGAAUCGAUAGAACGAACUUAUGCCUUAACUGCUAACAUUUUCCUUUCUGUUCUUGAGAGAAAUACUAAGUACAUGCUUACAAGUUUAUUAAGUAAUUAUGAAACAAUAAGACACAGGAGGGUCAGUGAUAUUGUAACAUUAAUUGUUAUAAUUAACAAUGUGUAUGCUAAGGGACAGUUGGGCGAGAUAAGGAAAUUUGUAAAAAGGAAACUGGAAAAUUCAAUCAUUCCUAAUGCUGAAUACAAGCUAGAAACACGCUUGUCGGAGAUCGAGAAACAGAUAAAAUAUUUUCGGUCUUUAUUCACAUAAUUGAAUAACUAGAUUUCUAAGAUACUGAGUGUUUAGGCAUUAUAAAUACAAC